CCCGCGCCCGCUCACUCACAAACCUGAAUCCACAGUACUUUACUAACCGACCGCUUGUCGUUUUCGUGCCAGCAACUUUCGCCACUCAGUUAAUUUUUCACACCGACGUCGAACGAGAGAAAUCGCCUAUUUCAAACGGUCUUCUAGAAAAUUCCGGUGGUGUACCACGACAUACGUUUUCAUUUAAAAAAAUAAUUUUUCAUAAGUCCCCCCUCCACGUGUCAAACGUUCACCGAUUUGCGUCGCAAUUUGCAUGCACAUUUGGUGAGCCCUGAAUUACUGUCUCCUGUAAAAGGGAGGUAUUGCUGUUGUGAAUCGAAAGCACCAUUACUUUUGUAAGCACCAAAGCGAAUCCAAAAACCAAGCCACCAUGUUCUACUGCAUCCAAAACUGUGUUAUCUUCAUGUCCUGCCGAGAAAACCGGCACCCCAAACGUGAACAUUCAAUUGCUCCAGCCAUUAACACAUCAAACGGUCUUGGAGACCAGUUCAAGUUCACCAAUGUACGAUGCACCCACCAAAAUGGAGGGCUUAGUGGAUGAAUUUUUAAACAUGUGUGCAAACGAAAAAAAUAAAUGCGAUAGACAAGCACCCGGGAUUAUAAAUUCAAAUAACAGCACUAAUGACAUAACUAUGUACAGAGAAGACGAGCCGUAUUUAGACAUGUUUCAAAUGGAUGCGCCUGCUUUGUUGGCGCCAUUCUCAACACCUCAAAAUGUUUUCACAAUCGAUGACGAAUUUCAAAAAAUAAACAAACCAGAAAUAGAACUAAUUAUACCUUUAGAAGAUGCAGCUUUUAAACAACCCAUAUCGAUGAGAAAAAAUUCUACCCUCAAGUUAGAUGUUGGGCUACAACAAAUUCAGUCAACUAGUUAUGGUGACAUUUUAAACACACCAGAAGUUGUAAAAACGCUGACUGAACAAGAAUCUGCUUUUAAUCUUUUAGCUUAUGUUUUUGAUGAUAAAAAAACUGACAAUUUGGCUGAAGUACCUACACCCAAAGAUGUAACAACUGUAUCACCAACCUCUCAGUGGUCUCGUAAACGUCGUAGUAGUAAUUCAUCAGCUUCAAUACAAACAGACGAUGAUGACUAUCCUAAGCACAGAAAGCCUAAUGAAGAUUAUCAUUCGUCCGAUGACAAAUAUAGACAACUGAGGGACCGCAAUAAUGAAGCAUCCCGUAAGUCUAGGGCUACAAGAAAAGCCAGAGAAAAUGAGCUAAAUGGCAGUGCUAGUCAAUUGGAAGCCACCAACAGAAGAUUGGCUAUCAAAGCUGAAGAACUGGAGAAAAUGGUCAACGAUAUGAGACAAGCAUUAUUAAAAAUUAUGACAAAGAAAAAAUAAAUAAUACAAAAUUAUUAAAAAAAAAUGCAUGUACUAACCUCAUCUAAUUACACUGAAAAAAUAAUCUCAGGCUUGUAAUAGAGACUUGUUUUACAUAUUAUAAUCUAUGUGCUUAUUUUGUAAACAUUUCAUUGCAACAAAUAAUAGUAAAUAAUUCCACGGAAGUAUAUAAGAUAAUAAUAAUUAAGUUUUGAAGUAAUGUAGUAUUAAUAAUUAUAUUAAUUUAUGUUUUACAUUUUGAAUCUAAAUAUAUAUAUAUAUUUUUUUUUAUUAUCUUAGAGCUAGUAAAAUAUAAUUCUUAUUUUGGAUCACGGUA